GGCAUAUCACCAAUUACAACCCCAACCAUAUGCAACAAAACUAAUCUAAAAGAAGGACCAAAGGCCGCUUUUGAAAGAGUUAAGGCAUCGUUAAGGCAUCAUAAGAUUAAGAAGACUUUGGGAUUUGGAAACUUGUGCUGCGUUUCUCCAAUAAUUAGUGUUUAGUUUCCAAAUAGUAGCCUUAUCUUAGCAAUGAACAGAUUAUUGAUUCCUCCAUACCUGAUCAUAUGUUAUUACCUUAAAUCAGUAUUUGGGAAGUCAAGCAUUUAUGCAGUGGAUGUGAGCAGAAAUAUAAAAAUAUGUGCCAACCUGUCUCAGUAAAUUAUCGUAUCUGUAAUCCUCAAGGAAAGCACUUUUGCUUUUAGGUAGAAAAGAUUUCAGAUUUGCUUUAUGGGCUCCUGCUGUCUUCAGCACCUGAUAAAACUUUAACCAGGGAAGCAUUAAACACAGCACAGCAGCUUCUGCCCAGGCUUCUAAGUUCCUGCCGGCAGCAUUUAUCAGUGUAAGAACUCGGAGGCUCCCUGUAGUGGCACCAGCUUCCCCCAGAGCUGCAGCAUGCUGCUCUGCCUUAAACUCAGCACGUGAGGCUUCCUUCCUGCCAGGUCAGUACAAGUUAGAGCACUCAGAGUUGUGUCCUGACUGGCUGCAGGCUGCAAAAAUCCCCAGCAGAUAAUGAAUGUCUCCAGAAUGAAUCGGUACUCACAGUGGUCCUUGGCUGCCUUCCAAAUGUUGGCUGUCUGUAGGCCGAGAAGAGUUUGUCCUUUGAUUUGAUAUCAUUAAAUCUGGGGCAAUUCUAAGCCAUGCUUGGAGUCUCAGUUCAGAUAAGGGAAGUAUAUUGAGGACCUGCUAUGAACCAGGCCCUGUCCUAUGCCCCCGUUUCUCAGAUAGUAAAACAGAUGCAAAGCAGAAGAGUCCCUUCCCUCAAGUUACAUAGCUAGGUAAUAGAUUUUGAACUCAGCUCUCCCUAACUGUGGGGGCAGGACCUUUGUACCACACUGUGUGCCUUUUUUUUACUGGAAUGAUCUAAAAACACAAAAGGAGGAAAGGCUCAGGUUCCCCCCUGUCAUCUGGCCAUCCUACCUUCUGAAUUCUUUUUUCCAAUAACGUGUAAUGGCUGUAGUUUGGUUCAGGAAUGUCGUCAAGGUGGCCUUAUUCCUCCACUUUAGCAGAUGCUUUUAGUACACGUUGCAAACUUGAGCCCACUCCAGGAGUUUGGGGAGCCAUUCCUUUUUGGUGUUAUCUUCCAUAAAUGUUUCUACGCCUUCAAGAGUACAGAACUUUUCGGAAAUAGUAAAAGUGAAAGGUGUUCUAUUGUCCACUCUGACUUUAUUUGAAAAUGCCUGCUGUUACACUGCUGCAGAAAAGGAAAUACUCAUUAUCUUAGUAUACCUAGCCCGUUCUGUACUCUGUGAGGAUGUCGAUUCGAAGUCCAGUGACUCUGAACUCUCCUGCCAAUACCUGGUUUUAUUUAUAUAUGUACAGAGAGAGAGUGAGACAUAUAUAGAUAGAUAUGUAUAUGUGUGCUAUCUCACUCACACACACCAUUUAAGAACUAUGGGAAACUUAGAGCAUCCACUUCAUUUUCUUGCACACCACUGCAAAGGUUACUGCCAGUCCUGAUUACAAGUGUCACCAGAUAACUGGAGCUUAGCUGCUUGCUUACAAGAAGAGCAACUCCCUGGCAAAGGUUGUCAGUUCCUAAAACAUUGAGCCAAGGUGACAGCCUGAGAGAGAUUGCACUCCAGACCUACCUACUGCAAGAUGUCUGAUUUGGAUACGGAGCCAUUUUGGUGACCUGAGAGUCUGACCACUCCAGUCUGGCCUGUGGGCACAGCUCCAGAGUCCACUACCUUGUUGUAGUGGCAGGGCCUAGGAAUUCUUCUUUCCCCACCUAGAAAAUACUCUCCUGCUGAUACCUGGAAUUCCACACUCAGGGCUUUGUGCCUUUGACUUAAACCAGAGGAGAGUUUUGAUCCCGUCAAAAAUGGUACCUCUGGGAAAGCACCACAUUAAGGCUAUGAUGGGAAGCGUACGGAGUUAAGUGGUACAGUGGAAAGCCUGGUAACCUGAAGACCUGGGUUUUAGGGCUGACUGGGACCACAUUGACAAACGGCCUGGCCCCUCUGGACCUCAGUCUUCUAAGCUGUAAAAAGUGGAGAGACGAGUAAACUGGGUGGCCUGUAAGGUUCCUUUGGUUCUUUAAAUGUAUUUCUGCCAAAUCAGUAUUCACCUGCAAGUUCUGAGCACGGUUUGAGGAUUUGAGGGUGGAAAGGUAAUUAUAUCAGUGUCAGGAGGGCAAGGGGGAAGCUUUACCCAUUAGAUAAAGGACAGAUCUUGGUCCAUAUCCCUCCGUUUAUUCAGUCAGUGUCCACAGCAGCACCUAGCCCAGUGCUUAGUCCCUAAUGGCUGUCGUAUACAUGCUUUUUGAUAAGGAAAUUGGUUGUGUGUUUACUGCGUGCCAAGCCCGUCCUGAUUUUUCUUUUAAAAUAAAACCUUAUUAUGGAUCGACUGCAGCCCAGCCGUAAGAGAAAAGAAGGCCCGUGGGGAGGCCUCAGACUCCAUUAAUAUUGCCUUCACCCAGCGGUUUUUUGAAACCCCAUUCUAAGAUCCAUAAGACCCAGGUGGUUCCUACCCUCUGAGCACCUGCCUGGUAAAGUACUAUCAUUUGGAACUGAGAAGACACUGGAAACAGUAGAACAACGACAAGAAUAAACCAAAGCCAGGAAAAGGAAAAUAAAUGAAGACGUUUGUGUGCACACUGGUGCAAAAAGCCACUGAGCCCAUGGUGGGCUUAAUAUAACUUUGUGGGACAGCAAAUUUACACUUGACAGUCUCCACCGUGAUAGACUGAGGUGCAUGGGCAGAAAACCAAUGAAUCCAUAGUCCUCUGCCUGUUUCCUGUGCAGUCACAUUCCCUCCUUAGUGAUCUUCCCUUCCACUCUUUAGGUUAAACAAGGGAACACACAGUCUUUCAAGGGAAUUACACGUUUGAGUUAACGUUUCAGUAUAUCAUUUUCGUACUGUAAAUUAUUUUGUAAAAGAGAUUUACCUCUACCCCGAAUGUUCAGACUCAGUGCCCCUGUGCAUUUGGAAAUCAAUAAACUAUUACUGGAAAUGCCAUUUGUCUCUCAGAGUUGUGCACAAAGGACCCUGUUACGUGUAAAUAUUCAUGAUGCUCUGCAUACUUGACUGUGGUAAUGCUGGAGGUGAUGGUGUAUUAGAUAGGGGAGUCUAAUUUACUCCUCCUGACUUCCCUGGAGUGCCUUAGGAAAUCUCUGGGAAGUGGCAAGAGGACAGACUUAAAAUUAUUAUUAUUUAGAGCAAGUUUUGUCCUCAAAAUAAAACACAUCAUUCCUAGGUUAAAUUUUCUGAGCAAAGUGAGUCAUAACUGAAAGAAUACUUGGUUCUAUAUGAUAUUUUUAAGUAACGUUAAAGUUUUAUAACUUGGAUUAACCAUAUAAUUGGUGAAGAGGUAGAAUUAAGUUGUAAAUUAAGCAAUUCCAAUCUGUUUUUAAUAUUAGGAGCAGAGGCUGCAUUGAAACCAGGGGUCAUAUACUCACAGGCCUUCAGGAGCCAAAGGUACAGACCCAUGAUGGUAGAUACCGUGUGAAUGAGAAAGUGCAAGCCUUGCCUUAAAGGCCUUCCAAUUCAAUUUUUUAAAAAUCCUGCUAAAACCCGUCAGCAGGUGUGUCUGGAAGGGCUGCCAAUUUGUUUCCUUUUAACACAUUUGACUUCAUUAGACCCGUUAGCUUGGGACUUUGUUCACUUUGGGAAAAUUGUCCAAGAUAGGGAGAUGAGUCACUCAAGGUCAGGCUGGUGUCAUGCCCAAGACAGCAAGCAGACUGUUUGUCUCCUGUGGCAGUCAUUAGCCCCUCCUUCCUCCCUCCCCCAUUGCAGAGGGCACUACCUCUUCCUGGUGGGAUGGGACUACCAAGCACUCUAGCACUUGGGAGUCUCAGUGUUUUACUAAACCACAAUGUGUUUGGAGGUUUUCUUCCCCACUUAGUAAAUGCCAGCAUCUCACCACCACAUCCCAUUGCCCCCAGCCUUUUCUCAUUUUAUAUCUUUCCCUGUGAAAACUCUUUUAUUUUGUUUCAUUGAUCCUUGCUUGGCCCAACUUGCAGGUAAACAGACCCAUUUCCUUUACAAUUGUAAGAGGUUGCAAUUGCAACCUGUCUGGACUGUCUCCUGGCUUUAACAAGACUCCAAAGUUAGAUACACCCAACAGAAAGUCAGGCUUCCUGUGUUAAUAAAGAUGUCACAAAAAAGAAAAGAAAAACAAAAGACUGCUUGAAGCCAAUAGCCAAUACCUGGCUGUAUUGAGUGUGUCCUUGUUAAAUAUUGCAAUCGCCAGGCUUAAAUCAUCCCCCUUGUUAACAAUAAUAACUACCAUUUAGUGAGUUCCUUCCCUGGGCCAUGCGGUAUCCUAGUUACUUAUUUUUAAUUCUCUUAUUCUCACAGGACUAAUAUUAUUAUCCCCCAUUUUAUUUCUCAGGAAACAGAUGUCAAGUAUCAUGUCCAAGGUCAUACCCUAAUAAGUAGGAAGCCAGGGUUUAAAUGGAGGACUAGUGCUUUUCAAAACCCCUACUCUUCAUCUCUCUGAGCUACAUUGCUUCCACCAUACACUGGUAAACAACCUCACCUCCAACAGUGUGGCCCUGGGCAAAGGAAUUUGCCCUUUGGUAGGACUUGUUUUGUACAGUAUAGGAAGUAUAGUGUACAGUGAGGAAAAGAAGGCUAAGGAUACCUGUGAAAUCCUCUUCUCGCCUGAAAUUGUACUUUUUAGAGGGAGGGGACUAUUAGACUUGCUUUAUCUCCUUUAUUCCAAGGCUAUAAAGAAUGAAAUCAGCAGUAGAGGCAAAGACAUGGCUUCUUUUGCUAUGGUCUCAGAACCUCAAAAGUUAGCCAGCUUUGACACUGAGUCUGUAAUUUAAUUAAACAUUUUGAAGGCGCCUCUGACAGCUUGAUGUUAGGCCAGCUUCAUAUUCUUGGAAAGGGACUAUAAAAGGAGCUUGCGUGUUUUCAAGUUCAUUUACUGAGUGUAGCCAUCAUGGACAGAGCAGACCAUUUGCCUUACUAAAAUGGCCCACAACUGGUCAGCCGCAAAAACACCCGCUGACCACGAGAGCAUGAGGGAGGCUGCAAAUUCUGUUUCAAGACAGCUUGGACUCUCCAAGAAGACACAAUGAGCAAAGCUCACCUGCCCAAGUUGAAAAAAAUUAUGGAUGAAAAGUUAUUGAAGUUAAAUGGUGGCAGACAUGCCCAAGGAAUAUUGUGGGGACUUGGUCCCUUUAUGAAUCUUGUGAAAGAUAAAUGUGUGGAGGUGGCAACUAGUGGACAAAAGAAGGAAAUUGGAAUGGUGGUAACACAAGGAAAUAGUAACAUGUUGGAAGCCUUGGAACAAGUGUAAGUAAUGGCUGUUUACCAGUUAUCAUUCACUUCCAUGUGUCCCUUCUCCAAAGGGCCUGUUUUACUAUGAUGUAAAAAUCAGGCCUCAUAUAUUCAUAUUAAAUUUUUUUGUUAAAUGAACUUUUGUAAUAGCCCAAAAAAUGAAACAAAAAAAUGGCCCACAAGUUUCAGACCAUUUUAGGGAUUCAGUAGCAACUCGUUUACCUAGGGCUCAGCCACCUGACAGCUUCACCUGUCUAUAUAGCCUAAACCUGAAAUCCAAACAUGUGGUUCGACGAUGAGUACCUGAGCUAGAACUGCAAAAAUCUGGAACCUCCACUCAGCCCACAAUGGCUACAACAAUGGGCUCAAACAGCAAUGAUUGUGAGGAUGACGCGAGACCAGGCAGUGCUUCUGUUGUCUGUAGGGUCGCUGUGAGUCAGAACAGACUGCACAGCACCUAACAACAACAGCAACUGCUCAACCCAUUCCAAAUGGACUGGAAACUAGGAAGUACGCAAGUAAAGUUUCUGAUCAGCUGAAAUAAAUACUAUGAAGGAAACACAUCAGAGAAAGGCCACGCACUUUACCCAGCAAGCACCCCCUCAAAACCUAUUUAUUCUUCACAAAAAAUGGUAGAUGUUUGGUUGCCUGGUUUCUAAGCCUACAGUAGAUUGAUUUUAAGGAGGAAAAAAGACUUCUACAGGAAACUAAGGUCAAGAAGGAAAAAAAGACAAAAUUUUAAGUGGGCUGAAAAGCCCAAAAAGCACUGUUUUAAGGAGGCAUUUAGUGCCCAAAACAGCUCUAUGCACACCUCAGUCAACGCUAAGAGCCUCACUGUGUGAUAGGACAAUAUAACUAUAAUCAAAAUGAUGACCCUAAACAUCACACAUGAAGAAACAAAAUUACAGUCAGAAUAAGGCAAGAUUGUGUAUUGCAAACGUUUUAGAAAUAUUUGUAUCAUAAAUGGUAAUAAACUCUUAGUGGUUAGAAGGAAUAACCCUUAGUAACUAUCUAGAACAUCUGGCUAAACAAAACAAUACACCCCUCUAGCUAAGAUUUUAUUGUUCCAUGAGCCUCUUGUGUUUGGAGAGUUUUUUUUUUUGCCCCCACAGCUUUAUAAGUGACUUUCAUGCUACAAUUCUUUGCACAUAAUGGCAUGAACAAUGGAAGUGCCAAGUUUCCAGUGUGAUGAAUACAACUAAUAACCAACAAAUACUGCUACUUAUAAAAAUCACUUAAGCAUCCCUGUUAUCUCUAAGUCCCUGUCGACUGCCCAGUUAUUUCAGGCAUUAGUCAUAACAGAAUUGGAGUAUGGUAAAAGAGAAACCAGACCCUCACAAGUUUGGGUGUAACACAAUUUAAGCUGUAAUAUUAGAUUCUCCCUUGUGUUUCUCCAACUCUUCGCUGCAGGAAGAAUAAACCUUAUGUAGACACAAUACUAGCCUGGCAAGCUGGUGUUUAGUUGUUGCUAGGAGAAGAAAGAAUUCAGAAGCAAAGGACAUGUGUAGUUGUAUAGCAAUUCCUCACUAGGGAAUUGGGUCUCCAGGGCCACUUUUGACCUCAAUCCAUGUUGGAGUCAUCAACCAAAGAGUUGCUUGCUUCUAAUAGUGAUGUAAUGCAUAUAUUAAGCCCUGGAAUGAAGGAAGACACGAUUCGUUUCCCUGGAUCAUUGAGCACUUUGUGGUAACUUGGCCUGAUGACCCUAAGAUAAUCCAAGAAGCAUGUGACUGGAGCUAUCUUUUUUCCCAUGAUGCACUGCUUUCAACACUGCGUGGUUGUAAAAGCCCAAAGGCCACAUCAAUUAUAUAUAGAAAUGAUCUAAGUUCAUCAAAUGCAUUCCAUUUGGUAUACAGGCCACUGUCUUCCCACAGCAAGGAUUUUUUCAUGCCCAUCCAUCUUUUGCUGGUGGUGAUGGUGUUUGUUAUUUGCUACAGCACUAUUUACUUCUCUUUUUAUAUUUCUUUCCUAAAUUUUUUUUUUAUGACUGCAUUGUGACCAACAUUUUGUGGCACGCUUAACAGCAGAAGGAAUUAACUCAUAAUUCACUUCUGAACAGUACAAUUGGCAAUAGGAAAAAGAGGGGAAUGGGAGAGUGAAAUUGUCCACCAUUUACCCAUUGAAAAUGUCUGGCUCAGAUGCUAGAUUCACAUCAUAGUCAGAAGUUCAUAAAUUCUGAGCACUGCUCAGCUUCAAGAGGUAGGCAGUGUUCCUGCAUUCCUUACCCGACGUGAGUGGUCUGUGAAGCGAUGUCAUUAUAAUCCGUUCACCUCUGCUUGCUUUCUCCUCCAAGCUGGAGUGUAGUCAAACAUUUACAGUCCCAGGCUAGGAGAUCGAGUUAAGAAGAGGUUGAAUGCUUUGCUUGGCUUUUGAAAACAUUGAGUCCAAGUGUGGCACUCUGGCUGGAGGGUGAUCGUUUGCUGCCUGACCAUUUUUAUUAAGACAUCUGGAGAUUGGAGGGUUCACUGGGAAGUAACUUUUCUGGAUUUGGUUUCUCUCCACACACUCUGGUUUAUGGGACUUUUUGGACCCAGUUGGGUGGAUAUAUAUCCUAGUAUCAAAUUCAGCCUAUUCCAAGUGGAAAAACUAUGACAGGAACAAGAUUGCCUUUUGACUAGGUGGUGGAGAUAGGGGAAGUCAGUAGGCCAGUUGUAGGUGAGGAUGAUAAAGAAACCACUGAUAACAAUAAAAAUGGGUGUUUCUCAGCACUUAAACCAAUUUCCCAUUUGCUAACAGGUGAGUUCUGAUCUGUUUUCCCAGACUGUCAUAUUUUCUGUAGAAGAUACGGGCCUCUCUGAUCAAACAAUGACAUUCCUUCUGAGACCACACCUAGCCCACUUGUGGCCAAACUAUACUUACUAUUUACUCAAAGAAAAGUUGCCUGGUAAGCCCCAUUCCCCACCUCUAGCAUGAGGACAAAAUAUAUGGAGGAAGAGUUAGGUCACCCAAGGUCCACACUACAUAUGCUUAGUAGUGUAGAAAAGCCAAAUUUUUAGGAGUGUCUGGUCUUUUGCCAUUUCUGGGAUGGUUAGACUAUCCAUCUGGAGUGUUUAUGCCCCUCCUGAUAGCCAAGCCAUGGGCUUCCUUUUACAUUGUGCUACUGAGUACUGAGGUCAGUCUCUGCCCUCAGAAAAGACAACUUCACAAUGACAUACUUCCUAACAAUCACUGAACAGUUUCACAAGGACACAUCCAUGUGCUGCGUAUCUUCAGGCCUGGAACAUUGUCAAAUAGCAGACUCAGAGAACAAAUAGAAGACCUGGCUUCAUUCACAAGUUAGUCAGAAGUGAUCUAAAGUUCAGGCUUCCCCCUGCCUUUUGUCCUUCCACCCUUCUUUCUCUACUCCUCCUCCUCUUCUUCUGGUCUCUCCCAUCUGGAAACCAUAGAGUUUCAUGGAUUCCAGGCACAGUUUCUCAGAUUUCAGAUGUUUGGGAAAUUUCUCUGCUUGGGUCAUCCUUCAAGAGUAAGAGAAUUCAAUUUGGGAGGAAAAACAGCCGAGACCUUUCCACAGAAGAGAAAAUAAAUAAGGUGCGGGGUGUAUCCGCUCGCCAACUCAGCUCCAAAACCACACACAAUGUCUACCUUCAGAAAAGGUGUUCUGCCUCCCCUCCCCACCCCGGGAAGGAGUGGAAUGGAAAAACAAAAUCUCCACUCAUAAAAAACACUUUUCUUCCUUUUGAGGCAUAAACACAACUGGCAUCAGAUAAUACAAUGUAAUUGAUUUUGUGUGUGUCAUUGGGGAAGGGGAUGGUCUCUGGAGGGUAGACCUCAGAGUAGUGGAAUGAAGUGAAAAAUAAAAUUUAGAUGAAAUUGUUAGAGGAAAACUGUUAACAUUAUGAACCACUUAACCCCUAUGUUGCAUCUCCAGGGAAAAGAGCAAUGUGGGGCCUUCUGUCUUUGGAAAAUGGAGUGAGUUUGUUCCUGAGGCUGGGUUUUGAAGCAGAUAGACUUGGUUCUAGUACUGGCUCUUUCACUGUGAGGAAUUAAAUGAGCAGAUGGAUCUACAGGUCUUAGUACAGUGCCUGACACAGAAUGAGCACUUAAUAAAUGGUAACUUAUGAUUACUAUUUAUUGUAGUGACAAUCACUCAUCACAGUGGAGUCCUGUUGGGGACAUAGUAGAUGGAGCCUGUCUAUUUUUCCCCACACCAAGCUUAUCUGCUCAGCCUCUAUUAUCCUCCCCAAGGCUACUUCAUAGUUCUGCCCACCACAUCACCAAAUCUCACUUUUUAAAAAAUCAAUUAUAAGUGCCUUAAAUUAUCAUGUGUAUUUAUUUGUUCAUGUGGUUAAUGUCUGUAACCCUUUGAAAGUUAUAUUGUUUGCUGCUGCAUUGCCAGUGCUAACAAAACUGCCUCCCACAGAGUAGAUGCUCAAAAAAUAUUUGUACACUGACUGACACCUUGAUAGCAUUUGUAUCGAAAAUUACCCUGGAUAUUAUAGCUUGAUGCAGAAAACUGGAAGACACCUUUGGCUACAUCUACCCCAACGUGAGUGUCCAAGGCAGAUGGUCACACCAAAAGGCAUCUACUGUCCAUAGGAGAAGAGGGAAGCAAUGAGGUGUGCUGAAAAGGUAUACUAGCAGAAGAAACCAGAAACCCAGCUCCCAUCCUGCUGUGCAACAUUUGGCAGAUCAUGUUCCCUCUCUAAAUACCCUAAAACGAGGGGUGCAGUUGACUAGACUGGAGGAUCUCUUGAUUGUCUUUCAGCUCUAACAUUCUAAGAUCUUAGCAAAGGAGUGUCAGACUGUGAAGAUACUUCCCUUAAGAGUUGCACCUCUUCUUUUUCCUCUGUGUGUGCACAUCUGCAUGUGUGUGUGUGCAUACACGUGUAUGUAUGUGAGUGUGUUUGUGUCUUGGGAUAUGCCAAGAGAACUGGACUCAUGUAGACUUUAUGGAGAGCAGCAUUUCUCCAAAGGUAUACAGCCAUGAAAAAAUACACUGCAGUCAGCUAAAUUGGGAAGUGAAACAGUAGGCUAAGCAAAGUUGAACAAGUUUCUUACCUGCAGGACUUCUCGGAGCUUUCAUGUUCAUGUGCCUUGUGGAGCUUCAAAAGGGAAAUAGGGCAUAGUUCUCUGCUGUUCAUGUAAAUAAUUUUAGGGAAAACUGACUUAGAGAUGAGUCCAACUCAACCUCAUUUACUGAUGAGAAAAUAGGCCAAAGAGAUGAAAUGAUUUGACCAAGGUAAUAUGGCUUUCUAGGAAACCCAAGUUCUGAUCCAAAUUUGGCCACUGUCUCCCAGAAGAGAAAGGCUGUUUAGUGACUCAAAAGCCCACAUUGGAACAUUCUGGGAGACAUUCCAAGGUCCCUCCUUUGAUACUAAAGGGCAGCAUCUGAAAGACUGCAGUUCUCAGUUCCAGGACCUGCAUAGACAUUACGUUCAGCACAAGUGCAACUAGGCAUCCUUUCCUGUCAGGGUAGCACCAUCUGGAACGUGGGGUUGUACCUAUUGGCACAGUUACUGUGGAGAAGCAAGAGGAAGGAGGAGCAGCCCUGGCUCACAGAGUUGGGUGCUUGCUCUGACAAGCUAUGAUUUUUCCUUCUCUCUUCUUCUCCUGGUUAAUAGCACUAAGGUCAAAGAUGAAGAAAUUGAAGAUUUUUACCAACUUCUGUCUGAAAUUGAUCAAACAUGCAAUCAGACCACAUUGAUAAUUACUGGUGAUUGGAAUGCGAAAGUUGGAAACAAGGAAGGAUCGGUGGUUGGAAAACAUGGACUUGGUGAUAGAAAUGAUGCUGGAGAUCGCCUGAUAGAAUUUUACAAGACCAACAGCUUCUUCCCCCCGUGUGUUUGUCACUUUGUCGUUCCGUGGGGGCUGGCGUGUUGCUGCGAUGCUGGAACCUAUGCCACCGGUAUUCAAAUACCAGUAGGGUCACCCAUGGCAGACAGGUUUCAGAUGAGCUUCCAGACUAAGACAGACUAGGAAAAAGGACCCAGUAACCUACUUCUGAAAAGAUUUAGCCAGUGAAAAUUUUAUGAAUAGCAGUGGAACACUGUUUGAUAUAGUGCUGUAAGAUGAGCUCCUCAGGUUGGAAGGCACUCAAAAGACGACUGGGGAAAAGCUACCUCCUCAAAAUAGAUUCAACCUUGAUGACGGGGAUGGAAUCAAGCUUUCGGGUCCUUCAUUUCCUGAUGUGGCAAAAUCGGAAGAAACAGUGGCAAACAUCCAUUAAUAAUUGGAACAUGGAAUGUACGAAGUAUGAAUUCAGGAAAAUUGGAAGUUGGCAGAAGUGAAAUGGAGCACAUAAACAUUGAUAUCCUAGGCAUUAGUGAGCUGAAAUAGACUGGUAUUAGGCUUUUUGAAUCAGAAAUCCUACGGUCUACUAUGCUGGGAACGACAAUUUGAAGAGGAAUGGCAUUGCAUUCACCAUCAAGAAGAGUAUUUCAAGAUCUAUCCUGAAGUACAACACUGUUAGUGAUAGGAUAAUAUAUAUCCAUAUGCCUACAAGGAAGACUGGUUAAUGUGACUAUUAUUCAAAUUACCCACCAACCACUAAGGCUAAAGAUGAAGAAAUUGAAGAUUCUUACCAACUUCUGCAGUCUGAAAUUGAUGGAACAUGCAAUCAGGAUGCAUUGAUAAUUCCUAGAGACUGGAAUGCAAAAGUUGGAGACAAAGCAGAAGGAUCGGUAGUAGAAAAUAUGGUCUUGGUGAUAGAAACGAUUCUGGAGAUUGCGUGAUAGAAUUUUGCAACACCAACAACUUACUCAUUGCAAAUACCUUUUUUACCAACAUAAAUGGCGACUAUACACGUGGACCUCACCAGAAGAAUACACAGGAAUCAAAUCGACUACAUCUGUGGGAAGAGAUGAUGGAAAAGCUCAAUAUCAUCAGUCAGAACAAGGCCAGGGGCUGAAUGCGGAACAGACUAUCAAUUGCUCAAAUGCUAGUUGAAGUUGAAACUGAAGAAAAUUAGAACAAGUCAACAAGAGCCAAAGUACCACCUUGAGUACAUCCCACCUGAAUUUAGACACCAUCUCAAGAAUAGAUUUGACUCAUUGAACACUAAUGACCAAAGACCAGAGGAGUUAGGGAAUGACAUCAAGGACAUCAUACACGAAGAAAGCCAGAGAUCAUUAAAAAGACAGUAAAGAAAGAGAAGACCAAAAUGGAUGUCAGAAGACAUUCUGAAACUUGAUCUUGAACAUCUACUAGCUAAAGCGAAAGGAAGAAAUGAUGAAGAAAAGAGCUGAACAGAAGAUUUCAAAGGGUGGCUCAAGAAGACAAAGUAAAGUAUUAUAAGGACAUGUCCAAAGACCUGGAGAUGGAAAAUCAAAAGGCAAGAAUAGGCUGUGCAUUUCUCAAGCUGAAAGGACUGAAGGAAAAAUUCAAGCCUUGAGUUGAAAUAUUGAAGGAUUCUAUGGGGAAAAUACUAAACGACACAGGAAACAUCAAAGAAGAUGGAAGUAACACACAGAGUCGCUAUACCAAAAAGAAUUGGCCGACAUUCAACCAUAUCAGGAGGUACCAUAUGAGCAGGAACCAAUGGUACUGAAGGAAGAAGUCCAACCUGCACUAAAGCCAUUGGUGAAAAACAAGGCUCCAGGAAUUGAUGGAAUACUAAUUGAAAUGUUUCAACAAAUGGAUGCAGCACUGGAAGUACUCACUCGUGUAUGUCAAGAAAUUUGGAAGGCAGCUACCUGGCCAACCGACUGGAAGGGAUCCAUAUUUAUGCCUAUUCCCAAGAAAGGUGAUCCCACCAAAUGUGGAAAUUCUCGAACCAUAUCAUUAAUAUCACAUGCAAGUAACAUUUUGCUGAAGUUCAUUUAAAAGCAGCAGUACAUCGACAAGGAACUGCCAAAGUUCAAGCUGGAUUCAGAAGAGGACGUAGAAGAGGGUUAUCAUUGUUGAUGUCAGAUGGAUCCUGGCUGAAAGCAUAGAAUACCAGAAAGAUGUUUACCUGUGUCUUAUUGAUCAUGCAAAGGCAUUUGAGUGUGUGGAUCAUAAUAAAUUAUGGAUAACAUUGUAAAGAAUGGAAAUUCCAGAACACUUAAUUGUACUCAUGAGGAACCUGUACAUGGAUCAAGAGUCAGUCAUUCAAAUAGAACAAGAGGAUACUGCAUGUUUUAAAGUCAAGAAAGGUGUGCAUCAGGGAUGUAUCCUUUCACCAUACUUAUUCAGUCUGUAUGCUGAGCAAAUAAUAUGAGAAGUUGGACUAUAUGAAGAACAGAGCAUCAGGAUUGGAGGAAGACUCAUUAACAAGCUGUGUUAUGCAGAUGACACAACCUUGCUUGCUGAAAGUGAAGAGGACUUGAAGCACUUACUGAUGAAGAUCAAAGACUACAGUCUUCAGUAUGGAUUACACCUCAACAUAAAGAAAACAAAAAUCCUCACAAUUGGACCGAUAAGCAACAUCAUGAUAAAUGGAGAAAAGAUUGAAGUUGGACUCACAAUCAACACUCAUGGAAGCAGCAGUCAAGAAAUCAAAGGACACAUUGCAUAGGGCAAAUGUGCUGCAGAAGAUCUUUUUAAAGUGUUAAAAAGCAAAGAUGUCACCUUGAGGACUAAGGUGGGCCUGACCCAAGUUGUGGUGUUUUCAAUCACCUCACAUGCAUGUGAAAGCUGGAUAAUGAAUAAGGAAGACUGAAGAAGAACUGGAACCUUUGAUUGUCAUGCUGGUAAAGAAUAUCGAAUAUACCAUGGACUGCCAAAAGAAUGAACAUAUCUGUCUUGGAAGAAGUACAACCAGAAUGCUCCUUGGAAGCAAGGAUGGUGAGAUUAUAUCUCACAUACUUUGCACAUGUUAUCAAGAGGGAUCAGUCUCUGGAGAAGGACAUCAUGCCUGGUAAAGUAGAGGGUCAGAGAAAACAAGGAAGACCCUUAACGAGAUGGAUUGACACAGUGGCUGCAACAGUGGGCUCAACAUAACAAUGAUUUUGAGGAUGGAGCAGAAUCAGACAGUGUUUCAUUCUGUUGUACGUAGGGUCACCAUGAGGCUAAACCAACUGGAUGACAGGUAACAACAACAACCCUCUGCCUCUCUUUCUGCCUCCUCCUAUCCCCUGUUCUUUCCUGGCUACAUCCUGAGGUUGCUGCUGUUGUGACAAGUAGAGGCACUAAACUGUUUGAUUAAGGUCUCUGUCAACACCAAUAUACCAACCACCAGGGUGAAGGUGUUUGGUAAGCUCUGCACAUGAGCAGAUGUCUUUACCUGAGUGCUAUGGCUACACCCAUUUUCUGGACUGGGAAACAGGUGUGAGAUCAUCGAAGAUGGGAGAUUGUGUCUGGACUCUUUACAGUGUUGAUCAUGGAUCAUUCUCAAAUUCCUUCCCUGGCACUUACCAUAAGGCCUCAGAGGCCUCAGAGUGCACCUUUAGGUGCACUCCUGGGAGCAUCCGUAUGGCAGGCAGUGGUACUGGCAGGGAGAGAUGGAAGGCUAGUGCCAGUGUCACUGUGUGCUGUGUUUGUGGGCGCAUGCACAUACUUAGAACACCAGAGGGAAACGUGGCACAUCAAGAAGAAUAGUGACUUGGCACCCCCUCCAAAUUGAUAUUCUUUAAAUAUUAGAUCAACACUUAUUUAGAGGAGAUGAUGGGAGCAGGUGUAUGUGUGUGGCCGGGGGGGCGGGGUCUGGAGGCUGUGUUCCUCCCUACACACCAUGCUCAUAGACACCAAAGCCCUGACCUUAAUUAACCUGAUCCCUCUUUAGAAGAUCAUUUAAUGACCAUCUGUUGUUAUUCUAGCUUACCCCUUUUGGGGUCUCACCGCGCCCACUUCCAAAUGGCUUUCAAAGUAUUCUUUCCAAACCCACACAAUUAUCUCCAUGAAAGGAGUUCUGAGAGGUACAAUCUUCUCCACCUCAUAACAAUUUUAGUGAAGCUUCAUCAUCUCCCACCUUACAGACUGGCAUGCCUCCAAGACCGAGCCUAUGUCGUGUG